AGCGGCCGUGGCGUCUUCCCGGGGACGCUGAGGGCUCCGUGGAGGCCGCGGAUCCCGCUAUGGAGGCGGCCGAGGUAGAGUUUCUGGCCGAGAAGGAGCUGGUCACCAUCAUCCCUAACUUCAGCCUGGACAAGAUCUACCUUAUCGGGGGGGAUCUGGGGCCUUUUAACCCUGGUUUGCCAGUGGAAGUGCCUCUUUGGUUGGCAAUUAACCUGAAACAGAGACAGAAGUGUCGGUUAAUACCUCCUGGCUGGAUGGACGUAGAGAAGUUGGAGGAGAAUCGGGACCAUGAACGAAAGGAAGAAACUUUUACCCCAAUGCCUAGCCCUUAUUACAUGGAGCUGACCAAACUCCUGCUAAAUCAUGCUUCAGACAACAUUCCGAAAGCAGAUGAGAUCCGGACCCUGGUCAAGGAUAUGUGGGACACUCGCAUAGCGAAGCUCCGGGUCUCUGCCGACAGCUUUGUGAGGCAGCAGGAGGCACAUGCCAAGCUGGAUAACUUAACCUUAAUGGAGAUCAACAGCAGCGGGGCUUUCCUCACACAAGCGCUUGAUCAUAUGUACAAGCUCCGCACAAACCUCCAAUCUUCUGAAAGUGCCCAGUCUCAGGACUUCUAGAAAAAGACCUUGACUUCGUAAAGAUUUCCUAUCUGGUGGUAGGAGGCUUGCCGGCUGAUGUGUAAGUGCUUCAGAAAGUGAUACAGGAACUCAGCAGUUCUGGAGUUCUAGAAAUAUUUUUGAAUUUCUGAGAUACAUGUUCAGUCAUGCAAGGAAUGGAUUCAUAAGACUUGUUGGAGAAGCAAAAUGUUUGUAGUUAGGCCUCAAAACUCAGCUCUCUGGAACAUUCCUUUGAUUCCACAUCUAUUUCUAGAAGUCAGCUUUCUUUUGUUUGGGGAAUAAAGACUUUUACAAAACAACUUAUUCUCCCUAGCAGAGCCUUGAGUCUCUGGCACAAGAACUGUCAUGUGUGGAGGAGUGUACAGGGACCGUUAGGUAUUGCUUUUAAAAGGUACAGCGGGAAUGGCAAUGGGACUUAGGACUUUUUCUCCCUCUUGGGUUAAAUUUAGAUGGUCUUACAGAAGUUGCUCACACAGGCUGGCAGGUGGAACAGCUAGUGAUGUGGACCAGCAUUUUAUAAUCUAAGUCCUGAUAGCCAAUCAAAGUCAACCCAAAUCAGACUGUUGUGAGUUUCGUUCUGCGAUCAGGUAUAAGGCACAACCAUAUGGCCACCAGGACUUGAUAAAGCCAAACUGACAGGUGUAUAGCAGUUAAUUACAAACUUGAAACCAAAGCUCUGGGUUGUUGCUUGUUGUUAAGGUUUAACAGGUUGCUUUUCAAGAGGCAAUGUUGGGAAAAUGAAUCUAGUAGAUUGAGGUUGUGAGUGAAACUUAAGACAGUGCUAGGAAGGAAAGUUGGAUCUGUAAUUGCUCUUGAUGGAUUUAGAGGAAGGACUCUGGUAGAUAGCAGUGGCUCAAAUACAGGUAAUCGGGACAGUUAACUCAGAAUUUUAGCAUUUUGGCAUUGCCAGGCUCCUUCAAGGAAUAGCGUUACUUUGAGUGGAAGUGACCGUCCAGGGUUCCACAGUGAGUGGAAAGUUCUGUGGCCAUCUGGUCUUUGACUGCAGCACUGCCAGGAGCAGCAAGUAGCACGUUUUCUUGAGGGCUUUGGGAAGAAUGGACAUAAGCGAUGGACCCGGCCUGCAGAAUAGCUCUGCUGUUUGCCCUUUAGUACAUUGCUCCCCCGGUGUACCUCCAACAAGACACCAGGGUCAGGGGGAGCAGCACCUACCUCAGGAGUCAAAGGCGACUGUGUCGGGGGCUGCUUUCAUUUCACCCUCACGGAGUCCACUGGGGGUCUUUUGGAAUGGGGCUCUAUGUAAUCGUGUGGGGUCUGGUGUCCUGUCUCAGAUCUCAUCCCAUUAACAUUCUUCUCUCAAAACCUGGCUGAGCUAUAGCUGACUCUGACUUCCUGUUGAACCUGUGAAGCUUUUUUUACCCACAUUUUGUUAUGGCAUAAAAAAGAUUUUCCUCUUGAUGUGAUUUAGGAAGAUUUUAUUUUUUGGAUGUUGUCAGAAAUUACAGCAAUAUAUUCAUAAAUACCUAAUUACUACAUUCAACAAAUAAUAUUACAAUACAGUUAAUUCAAACAAGUACACUUAGAACAGGUUUAAUUUCAUAGCAUCUAAGUUGCCCCCAAGUGCCCGGGGAUGCUCUUCUCCCUCCCAGGCCCUGGUCUCUGCUCCAGCGACCAAGCACAGGGCACACGCAGAGGAGCGCGGCCAGCUCACGUCUUCAUCAGGUCCAGGCAGAGGUGAGCAAUGCACUCAUGUCACAAGGUCGGGGACCGGUUACUGCAAGCUGGGAGAGCCUAGAGCUCGGCGGAAGGAGCCCCGGAACCACUCUGGCUCCCCUGCCUCAAGGGUAACAGUCGGCUCGUGCUGACCAUCGCCGCCUCGCAGUGGAGACUCGGGAUUUUCUGCACUUUAAAACACAUGACUCAGAGGGAAGGGAGUAUCUGGUUUGAAAUCCAACUCUUUUGGGGUGUAUUGUUUGAAAUUCAGCUUAAUUUUUUGGCAUUUGGCAGCACUGUGAGCUAACUAAGAAAAAUACCAUGCCACAUACAAUCUUAAGAGGUCCUGUAUUAUAUUAAUUCUCUGCUACUGAAGGUGUGGGUUCCCAAGAACACAAUCUAAAUUUCCUUAACCGUCUAUUAGAAUGUUAAUGCCAAUGAAGUGUUUUAUUUCUUUUAAAACAGAAAUGUUGGAAGCCAUACAUUCGUCAGUAAUCAGAGAGAAUAAUUAGAAGCAUGGUAUUUAUCAUGUUAGUUUGGCCAAUUAUCUGAAACAAAGAAAAACAACUUGUUUUCAAAUGAUAAGGUCGUAUAGCACCAAGUUUUGGAGAUAGUUUGGUUUGUUUUAAAAAAUAAGAUUAAAAGUGGAACCACAUGACUUAGCAGAAGGUUCUCUUAUAAGUUCAGUGGGUUUCCCUGUGAAGGGCAGAACGGCAGUCUCUCUCCAGGUAGGCUGGGAAGAUACUUCCAGUCGCCAAAGACCAAGGCCUUCAUGGCAAUACUGACACAUAGAUUGCCUGAGCGUUUCUAGAACAAAUGUGGUGUACUUCUGAACUCUGCCUUCUAAACUCAGUGUUCAAUAAAAGGCUUCAGAGAUUGCAUAUUUGUCAAUUUGUUGAACCCAAACUGAAGGUAAUCUGUCUUAGGUGUUACA